GCGCGGCGCGGGUGUCGCCCACACCCCGGCGUCGUUGCAGCCAUCCAGAGAGGGAGCGAUCGAGGAAGGACGUGGUCGCUGUGCAGUUAGCGGUAGAAACGCGGCCAUACUCACCUUAGGAAUUGUCAUAGAAUAGACGGAACCUGGGUUGAUUUCGGGGUCAGAUACGUUCCGAAAACUUGGGUGUGAGCUUGCCGUCCUGAAAAAAGACUGCUGUGGCAGGACGAAGACUGCUGCUGCUGACGGAGGCGGGUGAUCUCUGCCGCUGUCGUGGUAGGAGGAAAUUAGCCACGUCUUCUUCGGGAAUUGAGCGGUGGACACAAUGCCGGAAUUGCCGGAAGUUGAGGCAUCAAGGAGGGCAGUGAUGGAAAACUGCCGAGGGAAGAAAAUUUCAGAGGCUAUUGUUGAAGAUGACAAUUUGGUUAUAGAAGGUCUUUCUCCUAACGAGUUAGGAAAUGGCCUUACUGGCAGAGUUCUUGUGGCUGUGCACAGGAAGGGAAAGCAUCUCUGGUUUGAGCUCGACAAGCGACCAUGGCCAACUUUUCACUUUGGUAUGACAGGUUCCAUCAAAAUACGUGGUGUUGAAGUUGUCCGCUAUCGACGGUCAAUUUUCAAGCAGGAUGAGGAAUGGCCACCCAAAUUCUACAAGCUUAUUCUUAAGUUUAAUGAUGGCGUGCAGCUGGCAUUUACUGAUUCUCGGCGGUUUGCACGCAUACGUCUGGUUGACGAUCCUCUUGCUACCCCCCCAGUAAGCGAAUUGGGAGUUGAUGCAUUUUCUGAACUUCCGCCGCCCAACGAGUUUGCAGCGCUGGUUUCAAAGAGAGGUGUUUCAAUCAAGUCACUCCUUCUUGACCAGCGCACUUUGGCUGGCGUUGGGAACUGGGUUGCAGAUGAGGUGCUUUGCCAGGCUCGUAUCCAUCCAGAGCAGGUGGCAAGCUCUUUAACGCGAGAGCAGUGUGAUGCGCUGCACCGCAGUUUGCAAACGGUUCUUAAGACUGCUGUAGAGCUGGACGCUGACUGCGAGAAGUUCCCAAAGAACUGGCUCUUUCAUUAUCGCUGGGAUAAGCUGCCAGGCAAAAUCAAUGGGCAUCCAAUCUCGUAUGCUACGGUUGGUCAGCGAACCACAGCGUUCGUACCGGCACUGCAAAAAAAAGUAGGCACGGGAAAGGUUAUCGGAACAAGGGGUGGGUCAAGAUCAACGAAAAGCGAAAAAGCAGCCAUAGACGUGUCAGUGAAUUCAGCGGAAGAGCCGGUCGAGCCAUUGAAGUUACGGUCCACGACAAGUCGAAAGAGGAGGAGGGCAAGUGAGCAGCAACAGGACAGCUCUGUCGAGGAGGAUGGGAGCCCGGGUGUUGAAACAGGAGGCAAGAGGGUAAGAGGAACAGCAGCCGCAGCAAGCGGGAAAAUGGAAGAUGAGAAUGCAGAAACUGAUGCUAGAACGACUCCAAAAAGAGCCACCCCAGGAAAGACAAACAUGGCCUUACGCAGCGUGGUGAAGGCGAACGGAAGCCCUGGUGUUGGAACAAGAGGAAAGAGAGGAAGGGAAACAGCGGUGGCAGGAAGUGGGAAAAUGGAUGACGAGAAUGCGGAAACAGAUGCUAGAACAAGAGGCACUCCCGGAAAGACGAACAUGGCAUUGCGAAAUGCUAGAACAACUCCAGCAAAAACGAACAUGGCAUUGCGAAGUGCCACCAAGGACUUUCUUGACUCCAAGGAGGAUGGAAACCCUGGUGUAGGAACAAGAGCAAAGAGGGCAGGGGAAACAGGAGUGGCAGCAAGCAGGAAAAUGGACGAUAGAAAUUCAGAAACAGAGACCAGAACCACUCCGUCAAGAGGAAGCGCAGGAAAGACGAACAUGGCGUUGCGCAGUGCGACAAAGGAGGAUGUAAACCCUGGUGUGGGUACAAGAGGUAAGAGACCAAGGGAAACAGCAGCAGUAAGUGGAAAAAUGGAUGAAGGGAAUGCAGAGGCAGAUCCUGCAACGACUCCACGGGUAGCAACACCAGGAAAGGCGGACAUGGGCUCGCGCAGGGCCGCCAAGGAGGAUGGAAGCCCGGGUGUGGAAACAAGAGGCAAGAGAGCACGGGAAACAGAAGUGGCAGCGAGCGGGAAAAUGCACAACGGCAAUCCGCAAACAGAUACUAGAACAAAUCCAUCGAGAGGAACGCCAUGGAAAAUGAACAUUGCGUUGCGCAGUGCUAUCAAGGAGGACGGAAGCCCUGGUGUCGAAACUCGAGGCAGCAGGAGAACAGCCCCGGUGGCAGUCGGGAAAAUGGAUGAUGGGAAUGGAGAAACGGACGCAACUGCAUCGAGAACAAGGCAAGGAAAGGUAAACAUAGCGUUACGCAAACACUCGAAACAGGAGAAUCAAUCUGCACCACCGGUCGAGCAAAAGACGAUUGGCAAGAAUGACACCACGCAGAAAGGAACAGCAAAGAGCAAAGAUGGUGGUGGAGGGAGUGAGGAAGGAGAUGGGAAGAUUACAAGGGGGAAGAAAACGCGCGCACAAGACAGCGGAAAGGAGGAGGAGGGUGGUGAAAGAACGGCCCCUGCUGUGUUAGAUAAGAAUAGCAAGGGAAACACUCCUGCCAAGGGAGUUCCGAACAAGAGAAGCAACUCGGCAGAGCAAGACCAUAUGGUCCAUAUCAUCAUUGAGGCAGCAAAAGAAGAUGUAAAUGCCAACAAAAGUGCAAGGGGAGGAGCAACACCGCAGCAGCUCCGAGGACGAAACCCCCCUCGGGGAGUCAAAAAACAAUCAUCAGCUUCGCAGGAGGAGAGCACGCCGGGAUCCAGGGAGGUCAAGGCAGGGAGUAACGGCGUGCAGAAGCAAACGCAUGCCCGAGAAGGUAAAGUUCCCAUUCCAGAAAUAAAGAAUGGAGUAGAAAACAGUAUCGGAAAGCAUAGUAGGACACGAGCUAGAUUUCAGCGAAAGGGGACACACACUUCACAGAAACAAAGGCAGGAUGUAAAAGAGAAGGGCACUGGGCGUCGUCCCUUAACCAAGGAAAUAAACAAGAUAGGCGGUGAUGCUGAUGGUGUUAGUGACGAAGGGCGAAGGAGAAGUGCCCGGAUCGGUACAAAAAAAGCGUAGUCGACACACUCAGCGAAAGGGGCAAGAAAAGGGUAGAGAAAGCACGUCACGAAAGUAUCUAAGAGUACUAUGCAACUAUUGCUACUGUGGUUUCCUCUGCUUCCUUCUCCAUUGGCAUGGUUGCUGCUGGUCCAUCCCCAACUUCACCAUCGCAUGGCCUGAAACAGGUCAUCUAUGUAUGCGAGCGGGUGUCACAGUUCCCACCGCACACAUCCUCUGUGCAUCUAUUUCCCUCUUGCUAGCAUGUACACACACACGCACACAGACAGACACAGAGAGAGAGAGAGAGUGUGAGAGAGAGAGAGAGAGAGAGAGAGUCAGAGUCUGUGUGCAGACAAAACGGAAGCCAGUUAGUCUCAAACCACUCCUUGGCUGAAAGAGCAGUCUUGGAAUGGGUAAUGUAUUCUAUGUAGUUAUCUGUGUAACAAUUAGAAGUAGGAGGAAAUGUAUGGGGUGGGGGCUGGGGUGGGAGGUGGGGGGUCGGGUGGGUGCGCCCAGCAGGUGGGGGCAAGUGGGGGCAAGUGGGAUCCAGAUAGACAGAGAAAGUGAGUGAGUUUCAGAUGGCAUCCUGUUUUGGCAUAAUGGUCUAAUACACAGGUAAUUGCUCGGCAAAGAUGCAAUGCAAUCAGUAACUUGGCUAGAAGGCAUAAAAACUUCUCCACUAGCUGGUUUGAGGUGAUUAUCCUUUUGGAAGACAGCAUGUGUGAAGCCUUGCAUGCCCUCCUUGACUGGCAUCCAUUUCAUAUCCUUGAAGGGGAUCAUCGCUGCCCUGCUGUGGUACUCUUUCUGUUGCUCUCUUCUCCCCUUCCUAUUGCCUACGUCGACCUUCUCAUUUUCCAUUUUUCUCUUUUUCUCGGUCUUUGUUGUGUCGUCUCCUCCAACCGAUUUUCCUUGUAAGGAAACUCUCAGAAGUGGAAUCCUUUCAUUUCGAAUCAUUUGACAUUUCUUCAGCAAUGGUUGAAUUCAGACAUACGGAUCU